AUGGAAUCCUUAAAAGAAUUUUUAUAUAAAGUUAUUUUCUAUGAAGAGUCUGGAGAUAUUCUGCCAAACAUUAAUAUGAAAAAAGAAGACAUUUGUAUGAUAUGCAAAAGUGUUAUCGAUCCAAAUCUAAAAGAAUUAAUUGCAAUUUUAAGUUACAAGCAUUUUUACUAUAAAGAAUAUAUUAAUGAUAAGUAUUUGCUAUAUCAAGAAAAAACUAAUGAGAUUAAAAAUAUAUCAUUUUAUAAGCAAGAAAGUAACUGUUCUAUUAGUUUAUUAUUAAAUUUAGAAUGUACUAUUUCUACUCUUAUCAUACAUAAUAAACUUACUGAACCCACCAUGUAUAAUGAACUCACUAAAUCUACUAUAUAUAACGAACUAACUAAACUCACUAUACAUAACGAACUCAUUAAACUCACUAUGCAUAAUGAACUCACUAUACAUAACAAACUCACUAUAUAUAAUGAACUCACUAUAUGUAAUGAACCUACUAUGAGUAAUGAAUUUACUAUGCAUAAUGAACUUAUCAUAUAUAAAAAACUCACUAUAUAUAAUGAACUCACUAUGUAUAACGAACCUACUAUGCAUAAUGAACUCAUUAUAUGUAACAAACCCACUAUACAUAAUAAACUUACUAUAUAUAAUGAACUCACUAUGCAUAACGAACCUAUCAUGCUUACAGAACUCACUAUACAUAAUAAACUCACUAUGCUUACAGGACUUAUGAUAACUGAAUCUACUGAACUCACAUUUACUAAAUUCACUGAACUUAUGUUUACUGAAUCAACUAAGCCUAUAUUUACUGAAUCUACUAAAUCUACUAAGUUUAGAGUAACAUCCAAAUCAAUAUCCAAAACAAUAUCCAAAACAAUAUCCAAAACAAUAUCAAAGCAAUAUCCAAAACAACAUCUAAAGCAAUGCAAAUGA